CACACGCCGUCUCGCCCGCCGAGGACGAAGCUUUUUCCGGGACUCGUGCAGGACACGCAACAGCCCCAUUCGAUCACGUCGUACACGCCCAGAGCAACUCCUGAAGAGACCCUGCCGCGAGCCCCUGGCGACCCAGGCUCGGGCGAGCUUCUAGUUUCCGCCAGCGACUCGAAAGAGCUCUCGUGUCACCUUCCGCGGCUUUGAGUUCGAUGCAAUCAUCGGUAGAAGCCCUCGCGCGCCCGAGAAGGAUGAAAGGCUCAGGGGUGUUUCACGGACGCUGAACACGAGGAGGUCAUUUAUAUGCAGCAGCCUCCGCUGAAUUUGACGUCAGCCCCUUCUCCUCGAAUCUUUGAUCCCUCGAACCACGCCGCCAGCCAGCUGCCUCUCGAUUUCUCGCUAACCUACUCUUUCGCUACCGAGCCCCGGAACCCUUCGCCCUCCGCUUUUCAUAGCACAACACAAGCAUAAUAUUUCCGGGCACAUUUCAUCCAACAUGAACAGGUCACAGUACUCUCUCAUCGACGAGUCAACAAACGAGCAUGGGCACAGGUCGCAGGAGCGACGGUGGCGGAGCUUCCGGCACAUCCUGCGCCGUACCACCACCAGCCGGACGAGCAGCCGGACGUCUACGGAAACACAAGCUUCGCCGAAGCUCUCGCCCCCUCCCUCCCCACCUCCGAGCUCUCCAAGC